AGGGCUACCACUGUGACACAAACAGAUCCCUGCUUGGACACAGGCUUUCUUCCUGGCUGGAUCCAGAUCCCAGGGCAUCAGACCAGGAAGCGGGGUCCCUCCCCUCUCUAGCUGCAGGGAUCGGGACACCCCGUCUGGGGCCACAUCACCUAGGCAUCCCCCCGCCCCCCGCCGCAGGCGGUGUUUGCCGGCCCGGGGGCGGUGCUGGCGCUUUAAGAGGCAGGGACAUGCCCGGCCGGCGCGUCACUAGCAGCAGGUAGAGCCGCCCCCGAGAAGCAGCUACCGCCGCCGCGCAGCCUGGCCCGGAGCAGCAGCAGCGGGGCCCGGCCAUGGGGAAGCUGCAGCUGUUCGAGAUCCGCCUGAGCGAGAGCCGGGUCGUCUACAGCCCCGGGGAGCCGCUGGCCGGAACCGUCACCGUGCGCCUCUCCGGGAGCCUGCCGUACCGCGCUAUCAAAGUGAGCUGUGUUGGCUCUUGCGGCGUGUCCAACAAGGCCAAUGACACCGCGUGGACGGUAGAGGAGCAGUACUUUAACAGCACGCUCUCGCUCGCGGAUAAAGGCGUUCUGACAGCUGGCGAGCACAGCUUUCCUUUCCAGUUCCUGCUGCCAGCGUCAGCCCCCACAUCAUUUGAGGGCCCUUUUGGGAAGGUGGUUCAUCAGGUCAAAGCCGUGAUAGAUACACCCCGAUUCGCAAAGGACCACAAGUGCAACAAGGUCUUCUACAUUCUCUGCCCGCUCAACCUGAAUGACAUCCCUGACAUUGAGCAACCCAACACCACGUCCGUCACCAAGAAGUUCAACUACAAGCUGGUGAAGAGUGGAAACAUCAUCUUAACCGCCACCUCGGACCUCAAAGGGUAUAUUGUGGGGCAGGCAAUCCAGCUGCGCACGGAUAUCGAGAACAAGUCUGGCCGGGACACUGGCACGGUGGUAGCCAGCCUCCUCCAGAAGGUUGCUUAUAAAUCCAAGCGCUGGAUUUAUGACUUGAGGACCAUUGCGGAGGUGGAGGGCUCAGGGGUGAAGGCCUGGAAGCACGCGGAAUGGAAGGAGCAGAUCCUUGUCCCCGCGCUGCCGCAGUCUGUGCUGCACGGCUGCAGCCUCAUACAUGUUGACUACUAUAUCCAAAAGCCCCUCCUUCCUAUGAACAAAGCUGCAGCAGCGCCAACUCCAGCCUCAGCAAUGGCAACUAGACCCGUGCUUGGAAUCCUGACAGUGCUGGCCCCAAGGCACCAUGGCCCCUCGUCUGCUGCCAAGUCUGGUACCACGCAAAGCAUCUUCCACUUGGGGCCACCGGCUACUCCUGGGCUGAGAUUUUUAUGUCCUUCUUUUUUAAAGAAAUCAAGUGGUGAGAAGCAGUGUGGGGCGUGGUGUGUGUGUGUGUGUGUGUGUGUGUGUGUGUGUAUGGCGGGGAGGGGGAAGGGAAUUGUACAGCCCCCUCACACCUGCUCUCCUGACGCAGCAGGGCAGAGACGUUGCCUGCCCUCGGGACACCUUGCACAAUGGUCUGUGUUCCUGUACUGUAAUCCAACACUUUAUUUACUGCUUUAUUAUUGAAGCACCUGUGAUGCCUUAUGGAAAAUGCUACUGAAUUGUUGUCUCUACUGUCUGCAAUAGCGGGCUCGUGUGGAUUCUUUUGAUAUUUCAUGUGGUGGGUUUUUUGAGUGCUGUUUCUAAUCGGGACUGGACUCAGCAGCCAUAGUCAGCCUUCCACAUGGGCCUUUGGUGUAGCUGACUUCCUCAAAGCCCUUCCUACCUGCUCUGUACCCCCACUUUACACCAAAUCAAUAACAGGAGAUCUCCAGAAGGUACUGCCACAGCAGUGAGGGGGUAAAAAGGGCCUACAGGCCAGGCUCUCUGCAGUGCCAUGCUGCUAAGCGACUGGCCAGCUUCCAACAGCUGAAAGCUAAAACUUUGCCAGCACAUGACAAGGGGGCCUGUUAUCGCCAGGGCCAUGACCUAGGCCCUCAUCAGUAACCCUAGCGGGGUUCAUAGUGGGGACAGCCCCUGCCGGUGAGGGGGAAGGGGACUGUGCUAUACAGUACAAUACCUUUUUCAUGGCACUUUUAAAGCCAGUCUGUAGAGGUCUCCUGUAGGAAUAGAAUUGUCUAGAAAAACCUUAUAGGAUUUUCUGAGCACCACCUGCAGUACCCUACUGGCUUCAUCCCUUUUAAAUGCUCUAGGACUUUAGUAUAAAGGGUAUAAGCUCUGCCAUGCCAGUCAAAUCAGCUGGAGGGCAUAACCUCUUCCUUCCCACUGUCCACUGCUCUCAGCCAGCUGGAAACUGACAAUCAUGCUUCAAACUUGCGUCUAACACUACCUCUGAACUCUCCCAAGGCGUCUGAUGGAGAAGCCGUGUCCUUUGAAACAACCCUAUACCACAAAAUGCUCUCCCAAAGAGCCUUGCUGUGCAGCCGCUGGGAGUGCCAGGAAGGCCCCUUGGACUGUGGCCUGCUCCUGUUUCUCACCACACCAAAGCUGUCUGCAGCUUGCCCCACAAGCUUGUACUGUCCUGGGGAAAAGGCUGAUUUGCCACUGGAGUAGGGUUCUCUGGCUCAUAAGGAAAACUAGCUUUACAAGCUGCAGUGCAAAACCAAACCAAAUGUACAUGCUCCAGGGGCAGAGGUUAGUGGCAUUUAGGGGCAACUUUUUUCCAACAGGGGGCCUCUGCCCCCCCUUUUUUUGAGGGUGCCCAUCUUGACUACCUACCAGUGUGAUGUCAGAAAUGCUGAUCACCUGCAGCAGCAUUUGAUGUUGAUGGGAGCUGCAGUCAUUUUUCACUUGAGAGCUGAACCCAAGAUAAGGGGUCUCAAGCUGUGCACCCAAUAGCAGAAGCCAAUUCUUGAGAGCCAAAACCUUUCUAUCACCCCUGCUUCCACCUGCCUCUACCUAACCCAGAGCUGGCUGCUGGGGGACAGCGCUCACUUUUCUGUGCAAAUGUCAUUAAUUGUGUGGAAGUGCUUUGGGGGAAGGGAGGAUGGGGAAAUAACCAUUCCCUAGCAGCGCUGGCACUGUUGGUCAGUCUCUCUCUGCACCGAUAGUUAUAAAAUGAUUGUCCAGGUCCAUAAAGAUAUGAAAUACAAACUUGUUUUUAAUGACUGAAUUCAUAACCAAUAAAAUUUUAAUGCUGUAUUUAAUAAAUUAUUCUGAGAAAAAUGGA